GUGUACAAUCCUAGAAGUAUCGAUCCAGUGCGCUAACCGUCACAAUAAUAUAAAUUAUUAAACAGUGAAGUGUUUUAGCAUUAUUAUAUAAUUAUAUACCUAUCAAUAAUUGUCAUUAUUUUUGAACAUCAUGUUUAAAUACAACCAGGGCAGGGAUCGAUUCGUGCCCGAUCGGCAUCGAAGCCCUUAUUCGUUUUAUUCUGCACAUCACAUCGCUGCAAAUCACCAAUACGAUUGUGUUUCCAACUUCAGCUUCGAUGAACCCGGAACCGAUUUCCUUGAGCCAUUCGAGUGCGAACGGCAGCAAGAGCAGCAACACCGAUCUUUCCGUCAACUUCAGUCGUACAUGUCGCUGGAGUCCAUUGGCGGACACCUGUUGAGGCACGUAUUGAACAAGCGAAAAAAUGGUACAGAUGAGACAGACCUAGUCACCAUGUACCGGGACACUAACUUAACGUGGCCCAUCCGAAUGGUCAGUCAGAGACGUUUGGCCCGGAAGUUCAAUCAUGCCACCAGCAAAUCACUGGUAGCCGAUCUGCUGUUGGACAUGCCGAAUCUGUCCAACGACUGGAUGACCAAGAUACUGGACUGGAGUUCGACGGGCUACUUGACGGCGGCCAUUCAAUCGUCAGUGCACUUGUGGUCGUGCCACACCCAGAGUGUUCAGUACACGAUUGCCGCGGUGGACGAGCACGGGCCAACACAGGCCGACGGAGGCUCCACGAAAAUCACCAUCGGCUGUCUGAAAUGGGACGCACAGGGCGAAAAACUGGGAUAUUCGUUCACAGUGGAUCGGAGAGAAGAGUCGUCGUUCGAUUCGUCGGAUAAUUCGUGGGGAGAUGGAGGUCUCGGUGACUCGUCACUCUUAGAACGAAUAAACGCGUAUGCUGCACUCGAUCGGCGAACUUCAGAGCAGGACGACCCUCUCGACGUCACGUAUCGAUCUCCGGGCAUAAAUGAGCCUGUUGACGAAACGCUCCGGAUACCGCGAAUCAAUAACGCGAUAAAGAGUACCGGGCACAUAAAGGUUUGGUUAUUGAAUCCACCGAAUGACAAAUCAAAUAAUGAACAAAAGACAUCGAGUUGUGGUUGUGUAACUGAUGACACUUGCCAAUGGCCGCAUGGAUGCAGAAUUAUUGUCAUGGAUUGGUUGGCCAACGGUCGUGUUUUAGUAACGGGAUGCACUAGGUCCAAAGUGACAUUUUUCCGGUACGAUUUCGCCCAAAAGAAAUUGAUCGUUACCCGCAUUAUACACACGAUUGAAAAAAAUUCGGUAAUAAGCUGCCUGCACGUGUCGCAGGACAAAUGGAGUCGUCACUUGGCCGUGGCCACACACUCGCAAAAGGCGUGCGUAUUGAAAGUUUGGCGCAUCGAAGACCCACUGGAGUUGUGCCCACACCACGAUCGGCGCUUCGAUUCUACUAUCAAUGUGACCGAAACUUUGACCGACCGUUACGACAGUAAACAGAAUGGCCAAGUUAAUUGGCUGAUAAAGGCCUUCGCUUGGCACCCGUGGAAACAUGCUUUGAUGUGUUACGCUGUCACAUCGGUUCCACAGGACGGGAUGCAGAUGUACAUCAAUCUCAAGUCCCCCUCGUGGUUUGUGUUGGCGAACGCGUGCAAAGGACAAGUGUUGAAGCGCAUCGAACAGACCGCAAGCAACUGCUGUCCGACGGUGGACAUACUGCACGUAAACACGCACUCCAUGACGUUCAGCCGACUGACCGGUGAACUUCUGGUGUCGGCCACGACCGUGUACAAUGUCAGAUAUAACGCCAACUCAAUUCCCGCCAUAGUAGAAAAAAACAGCGUCGUGGUGAUGCACGCCUUGGAUCGAAUCAUAGAGACAUUGAGCAGUAGCCACACGGACAGAGGACUGUUUUUUGCGUGGAGUCCGGAUGGAAAACGUAUAGCUUUGACGAGUUCCGACGAAUCGUUGAGAAUAUGGAACUUUUGGCCGACCAGUAACGUCCAAAAAAAAUCCAAUAGUUGUCUACCACACGUCUACACCACAAAUGCGAGUACCGCGGUUACUUCGGACCAUUUCACUGAAGAUGGAGACUUAAGCAAUAGCAAUUACAGACUUAUACACAACCGGAGCUCUCAAAAUAGCCAAUCAGCGAUGUCCGAGCUAUCGUUGGAUGCAGCUCGCAUAAUCAAAUGAUCGUAAUGAUGAGACUUGCGUUAUGUUUAAUUUACGUCACGCGGCGGGUGUGAGAAUAAUCGGACAUUUAUAAAAAUGUUCGAGUCAAUAAAUAAAAAAAAAACCUAAGUGUUACAUGCUAAAAGUUAACUACUACAUUUGGUCCAAGGUUAAAUGCCUACUUAACUUGGGGCCACUUAUGGAUAUCAUAAUAAAUUAUAAUUUUAUCGUUGGUUUCCUUAUCUUUUUCUAUACACAGAUGUUAUAUUUAUAUAACUACUACGACUUCCGUAAUCUUUGAUUCUAUCUUUCUUUUUCUAGUAAUUAUUUUACUCAUUUGUAAGGUACAUUUUUCUCAGCUUGUUUAUGUAAUUAU